CGGCGGGUAUGGCAGAGGUACCUCACAUGGUCACCUUUCAGGGAAAAGGUCGCAUGUAACUUUAACUUUAACUUGAAGAAAUGCAUCCUUACCCUCUGCACGUGACCAACCUUCCUAAGUAAAUAACCUCCGAAUUGAGUAUUAAGAUACGGAUCCGUACAUAAAAUCAAGAAAAAGAAAGAAAAAUCAAUCAAUCAAUAAAUAAAUUAAUUAAUUAAUGGAAAAUGCAGUCCCUGGCCGGAAAGCGCUGCUUCAUCACGGGCGGCAGCCGGGGCCUCGGCUUAGCCAUUGCUCGGCUCUUCGCCGCCCAGGGAGCCGGGUGCACUCUCAUAGGGCGGAACGAAGAUACCCUCGCCAAAGCGGCCGAUACUUUGGAUACCCAGGGCGACUUACAGCGGCAUUGCGUCUCCGCCUUCGACGUCUCGACCCCGGACGGUUGGGAGAAGCUCGUUGUCUCUACUAAAAACCAAGUCUGCGAUAUCCUCGUCAAUGCCGCUGGUGUCUCGCAAAACUCCUUCAUAUUCAAGACCGAAAAACAUGACGUGAAUGAGAUCAUUGCCACUAACCUCACAGGUACUAUAUGGGGUUGCAAAUACAUCAUACCCAAAAUGAUGAAGCAGAAAAGCGGUUGUAUUAUUAACGUAGCUAGUCUGCUAGCUACUCACCGGGGAAAGGGGGCGAGCGUCUAUGCCGCGUCAAAAGCUGGCAUCGUCGGUCUAACCCGAUCUCUCGCCUGGGAAGUCGGCCGGUUUGGCAUUCGUGCCAAUGUCCUCCUACCUGGAUAUAUCAAGACCGAUAUGACGAAAGAUAUGGAUCAGAAUGGAGAGCUAUCGGCUCUAAUCCCUCUCGGACGCCUUGGUUUAGCCAGAGAGGUUGCAGAUGCUGCGUUAUUCCUAGCCCAAAAUCCCUAUGCACACAACUGCGUGCUCAAUAUCGACGGAGGCUUAAGUGCAACAUAAUUCAUCAAGUUUCCGUUUCCCGAAGGCAACGAACGCUUUAAUCGAUGAUUUCUAUUGCACCAGUGCCGGCGUCAUCAUCAAUAAUGACCACAUCGUCAUCGUUCUUCACCUUCUUGGCUGCUGAAGACACCCCGUCUUCCGCAAUCAAGCGCUUCUUAGGGUCCUUGAGCUCUCCAUCGGCAGUACGCUUGCCAUUGGUCUGUCCAACCCCGUUACUCUGAAUGACCCUCGAUAAGUUUGUCCACGAGCUUGCUGCGAAAAGAUGUUAGCCAUUAGCAUAGCGAGAAUGGUGUGCUACGACCUACGCUUCUUGAAUAUUAAUGACGACAUUGAUGAAGGUAUCCUCAUCAUCCUCAUCUACGACUGUGACAAAACUAUUCUGCCUGAUGCCUAUAAACUAUUAGAUAUGUCAAUAAAUAUGUGGGUUCUGGAACCAACCAAGUUCAUGAAGAUUUUUGUC